AUGGAAAAUAAGCUAAGGUCGAUGGGAAGGGUAAGGUUGAUGCCAAGAACACUAGCCUUCAGGGCAGUGCAAAGACAAGCCGCAGCUUCAAGAUCAACCAAACCCUUGAUGAGGCUACAACAUGGGGUCACAGGAGGAGUGCCCAAAGUCACGUCCUUCAACAAGUUGAGUGCGUUAACACAAACGCCGAGCUUCAAGGCAUCUUUAGGGCAAGUCCCGGUGGUAGUUGGUGCGGUUGGUGUGGUUGGUGUGGUUGGUGUUGGUGGGCUAUGUUUGUGCUUGUUGUGUUUGCGUGGUGGAGGAGGACAAUCGGUACUUCGGGUGGCUGUAGUGAAAGUGAAGAGAAUGAUGUUGAAGAGAAGGAAGAGAGAAAGAGAGUUUUUAAGAGCCAUUGGUUCUUUGAAGCUGGAAGAGCAAGAAAAAAGCCCUAAAGAAACUCUUUCAAGUUGA